UCGCGGAAGCUGUUCCAGCAUCGUUGACGAGGACGUGAGAGCGGCGCCUCCGGCUCGGGCAGCAUGGCUGAGAAGCGGCAAACAGGAGACGCCGAAGCCCGGCGGCUCCCCGACUCCUUCAGGGAUGCGUAGCAACAAAGGCUAAAAAAAAAGAUAGCCCCAGUACGGGCCUUGGACCUUGUGGCUGGAUUUUGGUGGCUGUCUCGUUCUUGUUCACGGUUAUAACUUUCCCCAUAUCGAUAUGGAUGUGCAUAAAGAUCAUAAAAGAAUAUGAAAGAGCCAUCAUCUUUAGAUUGGGUCGCAUUUUACAAGGAGGAGCCAAAGGACCUGGUUUGUUUUUUAUUCUGCCCUGCACUGACAACUUCAUCAAGGUGGACAUGAGGACCAUUUCAUUUGACAUUCCUCCUCAGGAGAUCCUCACCAAGGACUCGGUGACAAUCAGUGUGGAUGGCGUGGUCUAUUACCGCGUCCAGAAUGCCACCCUGGCCGUGGCAAAUAUCACCAACGCCGACUCGGCAACCCGUCUUCUGGCACAAACAACUCUGAGGAACGUCCUGGGCACCAAGAACCUUUCCCAGAUCCUCUCCGACAGAGAAGAAAUUGCACACAACAUGCAGUGUACCCUGGAUGACGCCACUGAUGACUGGGGAAUAAAGGUGGAGCGUGUGGAAAUUAAGGACGUGAAGCUCCCCGUGCAGCUCCAGAGAGCGAUGGCUGCAGAGGCAGAAGCUUCCCGGGAGGCCCGCGCCAAGGUCAUUGCAGCCGAGGGAGAAAUGAACGCAUCCAGGGCCCUGAAAGAGGCCUCCAUGGUCAUCACUGAGUCUCCUGCAGCCCUUCAGCUGCGGUACCUUCAGACGCUGACCACCAUCGCUGCCGAGAAGAACUCCACGAUCGUCUUCCCCCUGCCCAUAGACAUGUUGCAAGGCAUUGUGGGGGCAAAACACUGAGCCGCUGAGGCCAACACAGAGAUGUGCCCUUCCUUUCCAGGGUAGAGUGGGGACCAAAUCAGCCCGUAACCUGUAAGGAGAGAGGAGGGUGGGACCUCGACUAUCCUUCCUCUCUUUCCUUUUCCGUAUGUUGACUGCAAGGUUCUUAGAAUGUGUAGUGAUCCUAGCAGCAGAUGAAGAUUUUUAGCUUGUAAAUACUGAGAAAGAGAAGGGGUGCGGGGAAGGGACUGGUGGUUUAUAGAAGAUAAUUUCUUACUCUUUACAAUAUUUAAAAGUUCAUAUAUUUAGAUCAUUAUGGAAUAGGUUCAAUCCCGCUUGUUUUGACUUUUCACUGGGUCAUUCUGCAGGCAGGCCAAAGGCAAGAAAAUAGUUAUGACCUCCACUUGACACCCUGGCUGGACAAAUGCUUUGCAGAAAGCAAAGACCUUAGGCAAUGACCAGCUUCUCUGGGCCACACGUGCCUUACUUCCGGGGAAUCUUAAGGAAACAUUCCUGCCAUCCGCUUAGUUUCUAAUCCCAGGCCAUGUUUCAAAAUGAUCCUCUCUCGAGAGGAGGCGUUUUCUUGCCUGUACCUGUCAACAUUGGAGGAAAUGGUCAAGAUCAGUGAGAAAGAUAAUGUUAACCCUUGAAAUACUUUAAAAUCCACUGUCACAAAAAUCCUUUAAGAGUAAUAUGUUUCUUUUCUUUUUUUUUUUGCUCGAAACUUCUCUGGGCCUCUCUACGACCAAAUGAUUCCCUUGUGGUCUUUCAAACCAGCUAAGUACUUGUCACAAAAGUGCUUUUUUCUCACUUUUGCCUAUUUUCAUAUAUCAGGUUCUCGAUAGUUUGAUUUUUUAAAUGACACUUUCUCUAAAUUCUAUAAACAAUUGUUUAUAUACCCAUUUGAAUAGCUUAAGGACUAAUACUUUUUUUAAAAAAAUGUCUUCAGAAAGCCAUUCUGCUUUACUGUCUGCAUGCUAUUAACUACUGUACACUGUGAAAUAUUUUGGUUCCCAGUCCUGUUCAUUGAAUACUAUAAGGAAUUCACAAUAUAUUGGGCACAUUGUAGCCAAUGAGCUUGGGGAGACACUGUCAAGCUUAGGAUAUAUAUACGAAUCUAGGUCUUUUUUCUACUUGCGGAAUCCUCUUUUUCUGUCACCUGUGUCAAAGCCGGAAGAGGAAGUGCUCAGCCCCUCUCAACCACAGCUGCUUAUUCUGCAGUAAUAGAAAGCACCUUCAGUUUUCCAAAUGCCUGUGAAUCUGAGCAACCUGGCAUUCUUCCUGCUGGUCCAAACACCUGAAUGGCGACAUUCCUUCUUGAGGCUCUGAAUUCACCUCGACAGGUCUUCCCUACCCAGAGCCACCCUGCGUCUCUGUCCUUAGCGAGAUCACUCUUUCAGUCCCAGACUAUAAGUGUCCUCUCCCCGAUCCCCCAUUUCCAAGCUUAUUUUAGGAAACCUUGAGUCAUGUAUCCAGGUUUCCAGCUGAGUUUAUUAGGUAUAUAUAUGGAGCAUUUUGGCUUGGAACCCAAGGUACUCAUUUUAAAUAAUGAUCUUAUCUCUUUGGUGAGGCGGUGACCCAUGAGGACCAGGAAACAACCCCACAUCCUGGCUGAAAAUCUCUUCUCAGGCUUCGAGUAACCGUUCUUUCUGCUCCUGGAGUUUCCCUAUUUGCAGAUACCGGUCUUCGCCUCUCUGCCUCGUGGAUUCAUAGCCCAGUAGGUUGGGAUUACAUUGCUUGAGAGGGAGGAAGCAUAAAAGGGGUCUAGGGUGAGUGUUGCUGCAAGAGGUUUUCCACGUGGCCUCCCUUUCCAAUGCUGUACAUAAUAAAGUGUGCACUUUUACUCAUU